UGUCAGUUAACAAUGGGGGCUUGACAGUUGGUGCUGUUCGGUAUGGAGGUAGGUGCUGAGAGUCAGCAGCAACUGCGGCCUUUCGGCAGUGAACACAGUCUCCUAUCCAGGCCCGAUGGCUCGGCCUGUUUCACUCAAGGGGACACGACAGUCCUGGCUGCAGUGUAUGGACCAGCAGAGGUAAAAGUCAGCAAAGAGAUCUUUGACAAGGCCACGCUAGAUGUCCUCCUAAAGCCAAAAGUUGGAUUGCCAAGUGUCUCUGAGAAGAGCAAGGAACAGAUGAUUCGAAACACAUGCGAAGCCACCAUCCUGACUGCUCUCCAUCCACGCUCUUCCAUCACAGUUGUGCUGCAAGUCAUACAUGACUCUGGAUCUCUACUAUCUUGCUGUCUGAAUGCAGCCUGCAUGGCUUUAAUGGACGCUGGGCUGCCGAUGAAAAGUGUUUUCUGUGGCGUCACAUGUGUGAUUGACUCCAAUGGAGACAUCCUUUUAGAUCCAACGACGAAGAUGGAGAAGGAGGCUGCUGCUGUUCUGACAUUCUCCAUUGACAGUGUCAAGAAGCAAUUGCUGAUGUCAUCCACAAAAGGGUCAUACUCUGUUGAAGAGCUCCAACAGUGUGUUGCAAUGUGCCAGAAAGCAGCAGAGAAAAUCUUCCAAUUCUACAGGGAUUCGGUGAGCAGGAAAUACUCGAAAAUGAGCGACUAGAGGCGGGAGCAGUAAAGUGAUAAGGACCUUUCAGGAAAGCCAAGAGCCCUCCAGUUCAGAAUGAAGCCAACAGACAGUCUCUGGUGGAGAGCGUUGAAUAUUCUCUGCUUGUAUCAUGGUCAUGAGCCCUCCGUGAUCACUGUUGGUCAAUCCUGUGAAUAUCUGUGGGUAUUCUGAGCUGGUCUGAGAGAAUUAGUAACUCUCAGCUGUUUCAGCACUGUAGUGCAUUACACGCUGUAAGCCAGAUACAUGCUUUGCAAGUGUAUAAGAGUCAGGAAGGAGUAACUUUUUUUUAAAAUAAAGUUUAAUGCUUAAGAA